CACGAAACCAACUCCUCUUCCACCCCCCAACCACACACGCGGACACACCGUUGCCUCCUCCCUCUCAUCGCGCGCGCUCUCUCUCUCUCUCUCUCUCUCUAUCUCUCUCUCAUCCUCCUCCGCUUCCUACCCCCUCCCAUCGACAUCGUUAGCGGAAAAGAUGCGACCGAGGGAGUGAGUGAGGCGAAGCCCUCAACCGUUAUACCCUAAAGAAUCGGAUCCUCCACGGAUGAUGUCUUCUUGCGCCGGACUGGGCCGCACCGCCGUGAUCGGCCACCGGAGCUCCCGCCUCCUCCUGCUCCCGGCAGCCGCGCUCCGCGGCUCUGCCCCCCGAUUCCGCUGCGUCCUCGACCAGGUCGCUGCGCGGCUGGCCGCUUCCUCCCCUCCGCUCGGCUCCGUCCUCGCCGCAGGCAACGCCAUCGCCGCAGCCGCAGCGGCCGCCGGAGGCUCCGGCGCGAGCCACGCUGCGGUGGGGUCGACGCUCGCGCAAGUGGCCGUCACGGCUGUCGCCAUCGCCUCCGGGGCGUGCCUCUCCACCAAGGUCGAUUUCUUGUGGCCCAAGGUGGAAGAAAAACCUGAUACUCUAAUAUUGGAAGGAGUAGAUGUUACAGGAUACCCAAUCUUUAAAGAUGCAAAGGUGCAGAAGGCUAUUGCAUUUGCAAGCAAAGCUCACUUCGGCCAAUUAAGAAAAACUGGAGAGCCUUAUGUUACACAUUGCAUCCAUACAGGAAAAAUUUUAGCUGCCUUGGUUCCAAUAAGUGGAAAUAGAGCAGUAAACACAGUUGUAGCUGGGAUACUUCAUGAUGUGACUGAUGACACAUUAGAAAACCUCAGGACAAUCAAGGAAGAGUUUGGUGAUGAUGUGGCACAUUUAGUUGCUGGUGUAUCAAAAUUAAGCUAUAUAAACCAGCUGUUACGAAGACAUAGGCGUGAAAGUGUAAACCAAACUACCCUUGGUUCUGAAGAGGCAAAUAACCUAAGAGUUAUGCUUUUGGGGAUGGUUGAUGACCCUCGUGUUGUUCUCAUCAAGCUGGCAGAUCGUUUGCAUAAUAUGCGGACAAUCUAUGCUUUAUCAUUGCCCAAAGCUCAGGCAGUGGCUCAGGAGACAUUGGCAGUUUGGUGUUCUCUUGCUUCUAGAUUAGGUGUUUGGGCUUUAAAAUCAGAACUGGAAGAUUUGUGCUUUGCAGUCCUUCAGCCACGGGUAUUUAGGAUAAUCCGAGCUGAGCUUGCUUCCAUGUGGGCUCCAAAUAACAAGAUUCGUAAUUUUAGGAGAGUGUCUAUGAAGGCUGGCCUUCUAACCCCAUCAAAAGAUGAUGGUAUAAUAUUUCAUGAUGGUUGGCCUAUCGAAAACAAUGAAGAAAGAGAAAAUAUGAGAGAUCUUUUACAGGCUGUAUUGCCAUUUGAUUUGUUUCUGGACCGGAAGAAGCGCACUAACUUUCUUAGUAAUCUUAGUAAAUGCUCAGAAUCACAUGAAACAAAGCCUAAGGUUUUCAGUGAUGCAGUUUUCGCGUUAGCAUCUUUAGCAAUUUGUGAGGAAGCACUUGAAAGAGAGUUACACAUAUCAACCUCCUACAUACCAGGGAUGGAAGUCUCUCUCUCUAGUCGGCUGAAAAGCUUGUACAGUAUCUAUUGCAAGAUGAAACGCAAAGGUGUUGGCAUUAGGAAAAUUUAUGAUGCUCGUGCACUAAGGGUGAUUAUUGGGGAUAAGAAUGGAAAACUACAUGGACCUGCUGUAAAGAACUGCUACUGUCUUCUUGACAUUAUACACAAGCUCUGGACCCCAAUUGAUGGAGAAUUUGAUGACUAUAUUGUAAAUCCGAAGCCUAGUGGUUAUCAGUCGCUCCAUACUGCAGUGCAGGGUCCUGAUAACUCACCUUUGGAGGUGCAAAUAAGAACACAGCGGAUGCAUGACCAUGCAGAAUAUGGACUUGCUGCUCAUUGGUUAUACAAGGAGAACGAGGUUGACUAUACAAGUCCUAGUGAUUCUGUAGCUAAUGUCUCUCCCUAUCAAUCAAAUAUUUUGGAGGAUGAGGUGUAUACUCAAGAUGAGAGCCCCUGGAAAUACAGUUCCAUUAAAGUGGGACACCCUGUCCUUAGGGUGGAGGGAAGUCAAUUACUUGCAGCAGUCAUUGUCAGGGUAGAUCAUGAUAAAAGGGAGCUACUUGUUGCUGUGAGCUUUCUUGAAGCUUCUGAAGCCGUUGCAGAUAUAAGAUCUUCUUCUCAAUUGAAGCGUUGGGAAAUUUAUGCUAGACUCUAUAAGAAGGUUUCCGAACAGUGGUGGUUCGCACCAGGACAUGGGGACUGGUGCACGUGCCUGGAGAAGUAUACAUUAUGCCGAGAUGGGAUAUUUCAUAAGCAAGACCAAUUUCAACGACUAUUACCUACCUUCAUCCAAGUAAUAGAUCUAAAGGAGGAGGACGAAGCUGAGUAUUGGAUGGUCGUUUCUGCCGUAUUUGAGGGGAAACAAAUCCUUGCUGUUCCAUCUGGUUCAAACUACUCAGAGAAAACCCUCUAUUCUGGUAGCUAUGCUCCUGCGGAUGAUGGCAUCACCAACAAGGUGCAUUUCCUGAGGACAAUGCUUCAGUGGGAAGAGCAGAUCUUGCUCGGAGCAUCGUCAAGAGAACGAAAGUAUCAAUCGAGCUUGUACGGAGGAUCUAAUUCUGUUGGUCUUGGUGAGGUGGUGGUUAUACGUUGGCCGCAUGGUGAAAUAAUGAGAAUGAAAUCUGGUAGCACUGCCGCCGAUGCUGCUAGAAGAAUAGGCCAGGAUGGAAAGCUUGUCUGGGUAAAUGGACAGCUUGUGUUACCACAAACCCAGCUCAAGGAUGGUGAUAUAAUUGAAGUGAGGGUGUGAACCUAAGUUGCAUGCGGCAGGCUGAUUAAGAAGAAGAUGGUUGGGCAGGUCGUGGGAUAGUUAUUAUUCGUCGAAGUUGCAUUAGGUUAGUUCCGCAGAGAUGGAGCCCUUUGUACAGAAUUCUUUUCAAGAAGAUAAAAGCUUGAUUACAUUCCAUAGAAAUAUAUAUAUACAUAUCAUAACCCAGCAAUCAAUGUAUCUUGUGGCAUUUAGUUGCUUCUUACCAAUCAGAUAGCAUUGGAUGGGAUUUGGUUCCA